CGGAGAGCUCGGGAUCUUAGCGGCUUGGCUGAAGGGAAUAACGGAGUAAUUCUUUCUCUCCUCCCCCCCGUCGGAACAAGAGGAGUUUGCAUGCAAAAGGUGGUUUAUUUCGGCAAGGUAAACCUCCAUCCCCCUUCUUCCAGUAUACCACCAUGGCUGAGAAGGGCGGCCCUAAGACUCCCAUCCACCACCCAGGGGUGACUUCCCUCCCCCCAGACCCCAUCCAGAUAAUCCGCAGCAAGGCCCGCUCCAGGAGGGUUCGCGUCAACGUCGGAGGUCUAAACCACGAGGUCCUGUGGCGGACGCUGGACCGGCUGCCCCGUACCCGCCUGGGGAAGCUUCGCGACUGCAACACCCACGAGAGCCUGAUGGAGGUCUGCGAUGACUACAGCCUUCAUGAGAACGAAUACUUCUUUGACCGACACCCGGGCGCCUUCACCUCGAUCCUCAACUUCUACCGCACAGGAAAGCUGCACAUGAUGGAGGAGAUGUGCGCCCUGUCUUUCGGCCAGGAGCUCGACUACUGGGGUAUAGAUGAGAUCUACCUGGAGUCCUGCUGCCAGGCUCGGUACCACCAGAAGAAAGAACAAAUGAACGAGGAGCUGCGGAGGGAGGCGGAGACGCUGAAAGAGAGAGAGGGAGAGAUUGAGUUUGAUAACACCUGCUGCCAGGAGAAGAGGAAGAAGCUUUGGGACCUCCUGGAGAAACCCAGCUCUUCCCUGCCUGCCAAGAAUGGAGAAUCGGAUAUACAGUACAAAGACAGCACUAAACUGCAUCCCAAUUAG